CAAUCUCGACGCCGUGCAGUCACCUCUCCCAACCACAACACAAUGGCCGAGCCAUUGAUUCUCCCAACACAAAAGUCUUCGACGAAGAAGAGGCGAGAGGCCAAGGGCAAGGAGCGAGAGCGCGCGCGCGAACAAGUUGCAGCUGCGUCUGGCUCAGCGGCAGGCCCCUCCAAGCACAAGUCCAAGGCCAAACAGGAACCGACGGAGAGCUGGGACUGCAUUCCCAUCGCGCGCAGCGAAGUGUCGUCGGUGCCCCCUGUGUGGUCCAAAGAUGGGCGAUUUUACUUCACUGCGGCGGGGACGUCGGUCUUUGUUCACUCGUCAACAGGCCCCAACUUUGAGCGGCUGUCAACGCUGUCCUCCACCGACCCUAACGGACACCGCAAGACGAUCAACGCGCUGCUUGUGCAUCCCACAAACGCGCUCCAGAUCAUCACGGCGUCGGAUGACGGCACCGUCAAGGUCUGGGACUGGGUGGAGGGCCGACUUGUGCGAACCAUUGUCGCCGCCCAGAACGGGCACGUGAAGCAAAUCUGCCUCGGCGAGCACAAUGGCGUGUGGUGGAUCUAUGCCAACAUCAGCACUGUCAAGUCCAAAUCGGGCAAGCACUCGAAUACUGACCCCACAAAUCUCUCGCACAAGGUAGUGCGCAUGCCAAUCUCGGGCCAUGCCAAGGAGGGAGAUACGGCUCCAAUUGUGCAGCAGUUUGGCAAGCUGCGAGCCCCGCCGGCCGCUCUGUUCCUCUCCCCACGGUCGAAUUAUCUUGUUUCGCUGGCCGGCACCAAGGUGUAUGUCUACCGCCUGCCCAAGGACGUCGCGGCGGACGGCUCAUGGAGGCCUCAGUGCGUCAAGUUCGUUAGCGACGAGAUCUUUACGUGUGGUGCAUUCGCUCCACACAGGCGAUCAAGGUCCGGCGCAGAGCAGGAGGAGUGGUUUGCGACGGGUGAUGUGAAGGGCGUGGUCCGGUUGUGGCCUGCGCUCGCCCCCGCCUUGAGGCGGCUCGACGCGGGUGCGGGCCAAGCACAGCAAAACGACACCGAAAAGCGGCUGGAGACGACCUCGUUGCAUUGGCACGCGCACGCGGUUGCAGCGAUUGCCUUCACCACCGCGGGUGCGCAGAUCCUGUCCGUCGGCGAGGAAAGUGUGCUGGUCCAGUGGCACCUCGCUUCGGGCAACAGGGAGUACAUCCCUCGACUAGGUGGACGGCCAAUUCUUAGUGUGGCUGUGCGACCUGGAGCGCGUGGCGUGCAGGAUGAGUUCUGGAUGGGCUUCGCGGACGGCUCAAUGAUGCGCGUCGGUGCCGUUACCGGUGCGGUCUCCCCAGUCGGGCAGGAUGUCCGCCUCGAUCCGCUGCGGCCCACCUCGAAGCGCGCCUACCCUCUCGCCGUGCACCCCGUGAGCAAGGCUCUUGUUGUGCCGUCCUCGCAUCCCUCCACGUUGCAGUUCAUCGAUCCACUAGAGUCAAGUGUCCUCUUCGACUUGGAGGUCGCCCCGUCCAACCGAGUUUCCCGGCGCGACGAGAAGGAGCUGGAACCCGUGGCCGUUGAGAUGGUGGCAUUCAGCGCGGUGCGCGACGGGCGCUCUGAGUGGAUGGCAACGGUCGAGGGCCGCCCGGCCGACGAGACUGAAGGUGGCGGCCUGGUCAGGACGCUGAAGUUCUGGCGCUGGAACGGCGACCGUUAUGUCAUCAACACGCAAUAUCCGCGUCCACACGGGACCGAGGACCUUACGGCGCUUGCGUUCGGCGAGACUGGCACCGAGCCCUUUGUCGUCACCGCCGCUUCUAGCGGGUCCGUCAAGCUGUGGCACGUGCGCCAGGCUAAGAAGAGUGAACAGGGCAAGACGUCGUCGAAGAAGCCGGAGAUCGCUGAAUUGUACUGGUCGCUUCGCUCGACUUUCAACUAUCGCGCACUCCCGGUGCACGCCGGGGGCUUCUCCCCGGACGGCUCGCUCGUUGUCCUUGUCCAUGGGCCCGUCAUUACCCUUUGGAACGCCGCAACGAACGUUUUCGUGCGCGCCCUCGAAUCCCCAGUGGACGCACGCAAACUGGCCUUUGCGGGUCCUGAGGGGCGAUAUAUAGUCACGGCAGCACGUAUCGGCGUGGCUGUCUGGGACGUACUCUCGUGCGAGCUGGUCGCGACACUGCCCAACCAGGCGGCGGACAUGCUCGUCGGCCUGCGCUCGGGCAUUCUGGCAGGGCGCGUCGUCCCGCAAAAGGGCACCGAGGCGAAAUCGAAGACAGAGGUGACAAUCCUUGCACCCAACGGCGCUGCCGGUCGCACGGUGACUCUUGCCGUGGAGCUCUCGGCUCUGGCCUCCUUGCCGUCUUCUGCUGUGCACCUCGUUGGUAUCGCUUCCAGCGGCGAGAUCUACCGCUUCGGCGAGCUGCAGAAGGCGUGCGCACCCACAAAGCGCGCCAUCAACGCCGACGCUCCCCGUCGCGCCACCAGCAUCUGGCAGGAGAUGUUUGGACGCGACGCGUUCUUGGACGAGCUCGCCCCACCGCCCGAGAAGGAGGAGGCAGCCGUUUCCGCCCUGCAGCGCGCCGCUGCCGGCCGGCCAGAGGCCGUUUUCGAGGGCGCGAGCCACACGCUCCCUCCGGUGGGCUUGUUGUUCGACGCUUUCAUGGACGAGCUUCUCGCCCCCCGUCCAGAGGGCCAUGAGGAGACGAUGGACGUGGACGAGGAGGAGGCGGUGACCUUCGAGGCCGUGGUGGCUCCGGAUGCUGUGCGCAGCGUGACUGAUCGCGAAGUGGAGGACCUGGAAACCUUCUUCCGCAACCUCAAGAUGGGCGCGAAGUCCAAGCCCAAGCCGCUGCCCAAGGCGGUUAAGAAGCCCAACGGCCUCCCCAACGGGAGCAGCCAUGGCCGGACUGUGUCGACGCCGGUCAAGCCGACCAAGCCGAAGAGCAAGAGCGUGCCGGGCACACCGGGCACGCCUGCCACACCCGAAAUGGUGGAUGGGAAGCGGAGCAAGAAGCGCAAGGCGCCUAGACAUAGCGAGCUGUAA